AAGUUUUUCUUCUUGUGAUGCCAAUUGUAUACACCCAAAAACCUAUUUAAAUCCCUAACUCUCUCAAACAAAAUCAUGAAAUCACAAUUCCAGAAGAAAACCACCAAGAACACAGAGUCAGUAUGCAGUAAACCUUCUUGUUUCUUCUGCACCAUGAAUGAGCCAGACCCCUCUCUCAGAAAAGCUAGAAUCAUCAAAGCCUUCCAAGAUUUGCCUCUCAGGAAUGACCAAGAACAUGUCCUUGCACUAAGCAGCCUCUGGAACAUAGCCAUGAUGCAGCCUAAUGACCCUGAAUUCCCAUCUCUUGGAAUCUUUGAAUGCAUGGCAAAGCUUAUUCACAAAGGUAUCAAUGACAAAAAGUGGCUGCUAAGUGACCAGAACAUCUAUAUCCCCUACUAUGCUGCCCAUACUAUUGGCUCUUACACCAUGAACAAGGUUCGAUUUGCAGAGAAGGCCGUAGAAUCAGGGGUGGUUUUUCCAUUAAUUGAGCUGAUGAGAGGUAAGAUCACCUGGGUGGAGCAACGAGUGGCGGUUCGGGCUCUUGCUCAUAUAGCAAGCCAUGAAAAGAUCUUUGAAGAAGCCAUUGGUGUAAAUGAAGUGGAGAUUGUAGAAUUAGCCAUGAAGAUAGCCAUGACCUGCCUCAAAGAGGUGUUUGAUAAGUUUGUUGGCUUGGAACCUUCAAAAAGAUUGAAGUACCAUUGCGAUUUGGUUACAAGAGGGCUUGGAGGGUUGGAAAUUGAGGACAGAAAGGCAGAGGAAUGGGCUAGCCAACUUCAGUGCUGGUCUCUCAAUCUUCUCAACCGCUUUGCAUGCAAAGAAAAGUCUCUGAAUUUGAUCUGCAAGAGAGAAUUCUUGAUUGAAUUGUGCGGAAUGUGGGGUGGUUUAGCAAACCCAACUUCACCUGCUGUGAUUAGGCUGUUGAGAUCACUUUGUCAAACCAAAAUUGGAAGACAAAGUGUAGCAAAUUUACAAGAAGUCAUAAAGGCACUCUGCAACCUCUCAAGGUCCUCAGAUGAUUGGCAGCUGAUGGCCAUUGAUUGUCUUCUGCUACUCCUCAAAGACCCGGAAACCAGACAUAAAGCCAUGGAGACUUCAGUUGUGUUUCUUGUUGAUCUGGUUGAGCUUAGAAGUAUUGGAGGAAGACCAAAAGUUGGAGACACAAUCACACAGGCUCUAUUACAAGAUUACCAUAAAAUCAAGUAUGGGGACUUGAAAUUCCAGAGGAAGAAAGUUGAGAGAGCUUUGAAGGAGACAUGGGAUUUGAAGGUUGAUAGAAAAAGGAGGGAGAAGUUGAUGUCUGAACAAGAAAUCGGAGAGAGAAAAUCAAUGGUGAGACAGCUGAAACAAGAAGGAAAUCUAAACUUCUGGUCUGGGAACAUAGAAAAGGCUGUGAUGGAGUACACAGAAGCCUUGCAUAUGUGCCCAUUAAAGAUGAGAAAAGACAGGCUUGUGCUCCAUAGCAACAGAGCUCAGUGUUACUUGCUGCUGAGGAACCCAGAGGCUGUCAUCAGUGACACAACCAUAGCUCUGUGCUUAUCCAGUGCAGUGAGCCCUCAUGGUAAGAGCCUGUGGAGAAGAUCACAGGCUUAUGACAUGAAAGGGUUGGCAAAAGAGAGCUUGAUUGACUGCGUAACAUUUGUUCAUGGCCGUAUGAAGUCCGGCCAAACCGAAAGGGCAGAAAUCCCAAGCUACGCGGCACGUAUGAUUAACAAGCAAAUGAAUAAAACUCGGUUAUUUGCUCCUGCCAAGUCCAGGAGUUUUAACAACCAUGAAGAGUUAUUAGAAUCUCAUGGCCUCAGCAGGCCUAUCGUUGUAGAUGAAACGAUUGCUGAAAAAAGAUGGAGAAAGCUAGAAAGGGAAAGAAGAAGAGAAAAGGGUGUAAAUGUCACAGAAAGGAUGGGAAGUUUGAAAAUUGGGUAAGGGAAGAGAGGCCUUAUCAAAUUUCUAUGUACACCAAAAUUAGGAGGUGUAAGAAGACAAGAUAUCAAUAAACCCAGCUCUAUGUGACUUUAAACUCUGGCUUCUCCAUAUUCAUGAGAACACCUGGUGUCCUGUCCAUGGGUACCAUCCAACCGUGGAAAAAAAACAGACAUUCUCUAACUGCUUCUGGACACAGUGGCAGUAGUGGGUACCA